AUGUCGCCUCCCAUCACCUCUGACCCCGUCUCGACGCCCCCGCGUCCCCCGACACCCGUGCACGCCUUCGGCACGCUCGCCGUCCAUGCCGGCUCGCCCCACGACCCUCACACCGGCGCCGUCAUCGAGUCCAUCUCCCUCUCCACGACCUUCGCCCAGACGGCUGUCGGCAAGCCUGUCGGCGAGUACGAGUAUUCGCGCUCCUCCAACCCCAACCGCACCAACUUCGAGACGGCUGUCGCUGCCCUCGAGCAUGCCCGCUACGCCCUGGCCUUCUCCUCUGGCAGCGCAACCACCGCCACUAUCCUGCAGAGCCUGGCCGCCGGCAGCCAUGUCAUCUCCGUCUCCGACGUCUAUGGCGGCACCCAUCGCUACUUCACCCAGGUCGCCAAGGCCCACGGCGUCAAGGUCACCUUCACCCCCGAGAUUGAGGUCGACAUCAGCGAGCACAUCAACGACCAGACCCGCCUCGUCUGGAUCGAGAGCCCUUCCAACCCUACUCUCCGCCUCGUCGAUAUCCGCGCUGUCGUCACCGAGGCCCACAAGCAUGGCAUCCUCGUCGUCGUCGACAACACCUUCUUGUCGCCCUACGUCCAGAACCCUCUCGAUCUCGGGGCCGACAUCGUCGUCCACAGCGUCACCAAGUACAUCAAUGGCCACAGCGACGUCGUCAUGGGCGUAGCCGCCUUCAACAGCGACGAGCUCAAGACGCGUCUUUCCUUCCUCCAAAACGCCAUUGGCGCCGUCCCCUCGGCAUUCGACUCGUGGCUCGCCCACCGCGGCCUUAAGACCCUUCACCUCCGCGCUCGCGAGGCCACCCGCAACGCUACCGCCGUCGGCCACGCCCUCGAGGGCUCUCCUCACGUCAUUGCCGUCAACUACCCCGGCCUGGACUCCCACCCCCACCGAGACAUUGCCGUCCGCCAGCACCGCGACGGCAUGGGCGGUGGCAUGUUGUCCUUCCGUAUUCGCGGCGGCCACGCUGCUGCCGAGCGCUUCUGCCAGGUCACCAAAAUCUUCACCCUCGCCGAGUCCCUGGGCGGAGUCGAGUCCCUCGUCGAGCUGCCCAGCAGCAUGACGCACGCUGGCAUUCCCCGUGACCAAAGAGAGGCCGUCGGCGUCUUUGAUGACCUUGUCCGAUUGAGCUGCGGUGUCGAAGACGCCGAGGAUCUCAAAAACGACGUGCUCCAGGCUCUCGAGCUUGCCGUCAACGAGUCCACCAAGAACGGCAUCUCCAACGGUGUCAACGGACAAUGA